AUGCUCUCAUCGCACAUGCCCAAGUCAAUGGCCGAGAAGAAAGAGGUCAUUCAGUGGAUCGAGCAAAACGUCGGUGUGCCCACCCCUGCCGCAAUGUACUACAAGAACGAGCGCGGCUGGAAUGUCUCCGAAGCUCAGGCCGCGCCAGCAUUGCGCAGCCGUCUGAGCAGGGCAGGUGCUAAGCCACGGUUCUCCGUGAUCGAAGAUAUUCUGUUCGACCAAGUGCUGUUCCGCCGGUCUGCGAAAGAGAAUAUCAACGUGCUCAUGCGUCGCUACGGACUGGUGCUGUGCCGCACGACAAACCUUACCGUGCUGACCGAUGAUGUGUUGACCGACCGCGCGGUGAGUUUUCUCAGUUAUCUCACGCCACGCCUCGAUGGGCUUAGCGACGAUCACGCCAUCCUGAUGGACGAGACGGUAGUCUAUUUUGAGGACCCACGUCGCCAGACGUCUACGGGACUUGCAUCAAUGCGUGUGACGGCUGUGCUUGCUGCCACGGCAACUGGCUUCAAGCUGCCCCCGCUGGUCGUCUGGAAAAGGGCUAAGCAGGAUGGGGAGAUCGAACACUAUGGUAACGUCUACGUCGUAAAUCAGCCAAAUGCGUGGGUCGACCUGGCGCUUCUCACGCGUUGGCUGGAUCUGGUGUUCCCGCUCAUUUUCGACACAUGCACGCAGGGAAAAGCGCUGGUCUGGGACAACAUGCGUGCACACAUCUCCAAGAUGGUAAAGGCUCGGUGCAUCGCGAAAGCGGUGCAGACCGGGAGAUAUUGGAUCUAUAAGUCGCUCAAGGAUAAUUUGUCGCCCAUCAUUGAGGGCUGGAAGAGGUCCGAUGCUGUGCUCUACACCCGCGGAGGAAACCUGAAGCCACCGUCGGUUGAGACCCUGUACGUCAUGGAGCGCUCGGUAGCAGCAGCUGGGUUUCGCCAAGGCUUAGAUAUUGGCAUGUGGCGCGACACGACCUUUACGGCGAGCUAUUUUGCUCAGAGUGGAAGUAGCGCGUUGACGAAGACGCUGACGACGUGA